CCGAAGCCGGAGAUCUAGCCCAGCGCUGGAGGCGGUCGGACUCGGCCAGACAGAUUUCCUGCUCUUCUGGGAGACUGAGGGCUGCGGGGCUGCGGGUUGUGGGUUGCGGGCUGCGGGAGAACUCGCCGGCGGCGCGAGGACCUCGCUGUCCCCACGCAUCCCCACGACCCUCCCUCGCGCCGGGAGGGACAGCGGGCGCCCCGGAGAGGAGCGCGGCGGGCGGGCGCCCGGGAGAUGCGGAGUCGCCGCGGCGGCGCGAUCGGCGCGACAGCACCGGUCCCUGGGAGACUAUAGCCCUCAUUUUCCCUUGGUGUGCCAUGGAGCCCUUCUGUCCACUCCUACUGGCAAGUUUUAGCUUGUCACUCGCCAGAGCUGGUAAGGGCAACUACACCACCCCAGCAGACAGCAAUUGGACCAGCACGACUGCAGGCCCUCCGGACCCUGGGACCUCCCAGCCACUGCUCACCUGGCUGCUGCUGCCUCUGCUCCUCCUCCUACUCCUCCUCGCAGCCUACUUCUUCAGGUUCAGGAAGCAGAGGAAAUCCGUGGUCAGCAACAACGACAAGAAGAUGCCCAACGGCAUCCUGGAAGAGCAAGAGCAGCAGAGAGUGAUGCUGCUGAGCAGGUCUCCAUCAGGUCCCAAAAAGUACUUCCCCAUCCCAGUGGAGCACCUGGAGGAGGAAAUCCGUGUGAGAUCAGCAGAUGACUGCAAGCGCUUCCGUGAGGAGUUCAAUUCGUUGCCAUCUGGACACGUACAGGGGACUUUUGAUCUAGCAAAUAAAGAAGAAAACAGAGAAAAAAACAGAUAUCCCAACAUUCUGCCCAAUGAUCAUUCCAGAGUAAUUUUGAGUCAAGUGGAUGGAAUCCCCUGCUCUGACUACAUUAACGCUUCCUACAUAGAUGGCUACAAAGAAAAGAACAAAUUCAUAGCAGCUCAAGGCCCUAAACAGGAGACAGUGAAUGACUUCUGGAGGAUGGUCUGGGAACAGAAGUCAGCCACCAUCGUCAUGUUGACGAACCUGAAGGAGAGGAAGGAGGAGAAGUGCUACCAGUACUGGCCAGACCAGGGCUGCUGGACCUAUGGGAACAUCCGGGUGUGUGUGGAGGAUUGUGUCGUUCUGGUAGACUACACCAUCCGCAAGUUCUGCAUCCACCCGCAACUCCCCGACACCUGCAAGGCCCCACGGCUGGUCUCACAGCUACACUUCACCAGCUGGCCUGACUUUGGGGUGCCUUUCACCCCCAUUGGAAUGCUGAAGUUCCUGAAGAAGGUGAAGACGCUCAACCCCUCCCAUGCUGGGCCCAUUGUGGUCCACUGCAGCGCGGGCGUGGGCCGGACAGGCACUUUCAUCGUGAUUGACGCCAUGAUGGACAUGAUACACUCAGAACAGAAGGUGGAUGUCUUUGAGUUUGUGUCUAGGAUCCGCAAUCAGCGCCCUCAGAUGGUUCAGACGGAUGUACAGUACACGUUCAUCUACCAAGCUUUACUGGAGUAUUACCUCUAUGGGGACACAGAGAUGGAUGUGUCCUCCCUGGAGAGGCACCUGCAGACCCUACAUGGCACAGCCACCCAUUUUGACAAGAUUGGGCUGGAGGAAGAGUUUAGGAAACUGACCAAUGUGCGGAUCAUGAAGGAGAACAUGAGGACAGGCAAUCUGCCUGCCAACAUGAAGAAGGCCCGUGUCAUCCAGAUCAUCCCAUAUGACUUCAACCGGGUGAUCCUCUCCAUGAAAAGAGGGCAAGAAUACACUGACUAUAUCAACGCAUCCUUCAUAGACGGCUACAGGCAGAAGGACUACUUCAUGGCCACACAGGGGCCUCUGGCUCACACUGUUGAGGACUUCUGGAGGAUGGUGUGGGAGUGGAAAUCACACACAAUUGUCAUGCUGACUGAGGUGCAGGAACGGGAGCAGGAUAAAUGCUACCAAUAUUGGCCAACAGAGGGCUCGGUGACUCAUGGAGAUAUAACUAUAGAAAUAAAGAGUGACACCCUGUCUGAAGCCAUCAGCAUACGAGACUUCCUGGUUACUUUUAAACAGCCCCUGGCCCGCCAAGAAGAGCAGAUCCGCUUGGUGAGACAAUUCCAUUUCCAUGGCUGGCCCGAGGUUGGAAUCCCAGCUGAGGGCAAAGGCAUGAUCGACCUCAUUGCAGCAGUACAGAAGCAGCAGCAGCAGACAGGCAACCACCCCAUCACCGUGCACUGCAGUGCGGGAGCAGGGCGGACAGGUACAUUCAUAGCACUCAGCAACAUUUUGGAACGAGUGAAAGCUGAGGGACUCCUAGAUGUGUUUCAAGCUGUGAAGAGCUUAAGACUUCAGAGACCACACAUGGUGCAAACCCUGGAGCAAUAUGAAUUCUGCUACAAAGUGGUACAAGAUUUUAUCGAUAUAUUUUCUGAUUAUGCUAAUUUCAAAUGAAGAUUCCUGCCUUAAAAUAGUUUUUAAUUUAAUGGUCAGUAUAUUUUGUAAAAAAUGUUAAUUUAUUUCCUAGUGGACAUUAAUAUCCUUCCUAAUUCCUUUGUAUAUAUUAUUAUCUUCUAAAGGUUACCUGCUAUAAGGGUAUUAAGUCUUAAAUGCCCUUUUUAAAACUUGGAAUAAUGUGUUAAGGUCCAAUACUAUCUGGAAAGAUAUAUAUUUCUCUAAUAUCAGUCAAUAUCUUAAUUCUGUAGAUUCACAUUAUGUGAUGUCACAUGUCAUGUAUCUGUAAUUGUAGUUUUUAAUAUGUCAAAUGUGUUUGUGAAAGACACUAAACAUGAAGCCCCUUGUGGAGAAGAAAACAGUUGAGGACUCAGAAUUGGGAAACAUUUAUUCUCCCUACCAACUGUGGCAACCAUCCAGGGCAUCAGGGUGUGGCAAACAGUACAUGUGGGGGCUUCUGUAAAGUCCUAGGUCUCAGCCAUGUGGUUCAUCUUUACAAUUAAAAGAGCAAAGAAAGAGCCAGGCAUGGCAGUGCAUACCUGUGUUUCUAGCACAUGAGGAUUGCCUUCAGGUCCAGGCCUGCUUGGGCUACAGUAAGACUGUCUCAUUUACAUAUACAUAUAUAUAUAUACAUAUAUAUAUAUAUGUAUAUAUUCAGAUCUUGCAACCUGAAUCUAGGUCUCAGAUCCACAAGGGUAGAUGGUGACUUUCCAGUGAAUUUUUUAAAGGCAUUUACUUAUGAAAGGCUGUGUCUUUACCACUAUAGACUUGAUGAGAAGAGAUGCUGGUCCCAGGUCAUCUAUUCUUACAGACUUCCAGUAGCCUCACACUAGCCAUCAGAGCUAUGUUCCUGGGGAACGACUUGCUGUCCAUCUGACUGUGUGCUUGGCUCAGAACCCAGCCAAGCUCAUUUCCAAUGUCCCUCCUACUGACCCAGAUGCCUGUACUGACCUUAACUGAGUCUACAGUCUCUGUUCAAAACUACUUCCUUUCCUUCCUCAUUGAAAUGAAGUGUCUUACACACACACACACCACACACACACACACACACACACACACACACACACGUGAGCACACAGAUAGAUACAGUAGGAUGACCACAAGCAAUUGCACUGUAAACCUCCUGUCAGGCAUUUGUUAUGUCAAGAUUUUCUUUGUAAAAAGUUAGGAUGGUUUAUAAGAAAUCUUAAAAUCUAGAUUUGUACAGUUUUUUAAACAUCCUGCUCCUUGGUGUUUAAUUUUUAAAAAAUGAGAGAGGGAGAGGGAGAGGGAGAGGGAGAGAGAGAGAGAGAGAGAGAGAGAGAGAGAGAGAGAGAGAGAGAGAGAGAGAGAGAGAGAGAGAGAGAGAGAAUUGAAUUCUAACUUACCUUUGGGUGAAAAUACUGCUGAGGCCUCUGAACCCAGGUGGCAGUGAUGGUUACACUGCCAGAGAGUAGGUUAGGGAAGGAUGGGGGGUGGGGGCAGGGUGAAUGUAAAAACAUUGAUUUCAAUAUGAUCUUCCUACAGCAUUUAGGUACCUAGCAAAUGAGCACAAUGUUAAAAAAAAAAAAAGACAUCUGGUCUAACUCAUCGAAGGCUUUGAACGUAUGCAGUCUGGGUAUUUUUUAAGAGAUAUACAAAUAUAAAGGCCUUAUUUGCCAUCUCCAUGGAGGACUGAUCAUGUCUGCCUAUUUGCACUGUUUGUCCUUGUUUGUUUAUAGUGUGUAAGGGGACAACCCCAGGGUCAGUCACUGCCUCCUACAGGUGAACAAGUCACAAAGCUUCUCUCACAUCCCAGAGCUCUGAGUUCAAUCCAGAGGCACGAAAAAGCAGAGAGGGGUUUCUGUCAUCAUCACCGGCUGCACCCAGGGUUGGUUCUUCACUGAGCAGGACCUCCCCUUCUCUAUGCAGUAGUGGAACACAGGCAGAAGAUGAAAGAAUGAACUUUCCUUAGCCAGUGAUUUCAUUUGUCUCAUAUUAAACCUCAAGCCCAAUGCCUUUCUUUGAUUUAAGCAUGACAAAGGGCUUCCACUCCGUACCCCAAGCCCACUAGAAUGAAGGUGACCUCACACUGGUCCCAUGCCAAAGUUCAGCCAUGCACCUUGGCACCCCAACUUAGUUGCUUAGAAUCCCAGGCAUCUCUUGUAUCAAGAAAUGCCUUUCGGGUAGACCUUUUCAGGAUGUCUAGAAAAAAUAUUCUAUUUGUGUUUUUUCUUCAUCUCGGGGCUGCCCCAGGCUCCCCUGUAGGAGCCCCACUUGUUUCUAAAAAGCUUGUCUCAUUCCAGAAAUAGAAGCUACCCUCCUGUGGACACAUUUGGGGUAGUAGUUGUCUUUCUUUGAAGGGGCCGACCCCUCCAGUCUCUUGGCUAAUGCCACAGCCAAAUUCAGCUUCCCUAAGACAGAGACUCAGUAUGCAAGAGGCAUCCUACGUGGUGCCUCAGCAUCUGAGUUACCUGGCAUGUCCUUCUCUCCUUCCUUCAAAGGUCCAGUAUACACCAGUGAACAGCCUGGCACCUACAACAUUCUUCUCAUUUCUGUGUUGCAUGCAGCUGUGUUCAAAUGCCAAAUAGCAAUCAGAGCUGAGUGUUCUGAUCAGGUGUGUUCCUUGGUCACUGUGUGACUUGCUUUAUUCUUUCCAUGUGCUAGAUGAACGAGGAAUGCACACCUGUGUUUUCCAAGGUAUUUUUUAUGUGUUUUUAAAACUUUUUAAAAAUGAGCCUGAUACCUGUGUUUCAGAAUUUGGAGACAUGGCCAUGUUGUUGGGUUUUUUCAUGUAUAUUUACUGAUAUAUAUUUGUUUGUAACCAAGCCAUGUUUAAUUUAUGUGCAAUCUUCAUAUGUGUAUGCAUCAUGGUUCCAACUCUCAUAUUUUCUUUGAUUACAUUUACCAUUUGAUCUUGCCUAUAACACCAGUGAAUGUCACUGAAUUUUGGGACAUGGAAACCGCAAGAUCAAGAACAUCCUGAUGCAAGAAUAAACCUCUGAAAACUAA